UAUAAGACCUUGAGUUGAAAACAUGAUCUAUAUUUUUCCAAAUAAUAAUUUUUACAAUCAAGACUUUUUUUAUUUAAUUGUUUUUUGGUUUUUUUUUUUUGUGAUCACAAGGCCAAGCAAAAACUGGAGGAAAUACUGUGUAAAAAAAAAAAAGAGGACAUAUUUAGCAUAAUUGCAUAAACAAGUGUUUUAUUAGUCCAAAACAAGUUGAUAAAUCAUAAAAGCCAGGCUGCAUUUAUUGUUGGCAACAAACAACAAUAAUCCUGUCAAAAAAAACAACCAUAAUCAAUCAUCACCUCCUCUUCAUUCUCUCUUUCUCUUUGCUCAACCAAAGAUGGCGAAACGAUCGAAGACUUCUCAAUACAUCACACCAGUAACCUCUCUACUACCCCCUCGAAGCGGCGACGCACUCUGGUACACUCUCGCACUUCUCUCUCUUCUCUCUCUCCUCCUUCACCACCUCUCUCUCCCCACCUACGCCUCUCUUCCUCCCCAAUUCGAAGGUUUUGGCGAUGAACUAGAUGAAGUCGAUGACCCACUUGACUCGCAUAUUCAUCUCACUGAUCUCCCGCCUUCGCCGAUUUUAACCCAAUCCGAUUCGCAGACGCACCACGGCCCUCCUCCCCCUUCAGAUCCUAAAACCAAAGAAUCUCAUUCUUAUCCCAAAUCUGAGUACUGGGAUGAAGACGAGUUUGAGGGUCUUCCUGUGGAAUCCCAUCAAGAAUAUCCUGAAAUUACGGAGGGUGAGGGUGAGGGUGCUGCUGUUGAGGAGGAAAAAGAGGAGGAUGAGUUUGUAGCGAAAACCCAAUUCGUUGCUGAUCCUAAGUCGUUGAUUUCCGUUUACAGUAUUGAAAUUGCUUGUGUUAGCUUCUUGAUUGUGUUUGGGAUUAAUUAUUUUAGUGGGAAGAAGGAGAAUGAGAAUUUGGCGUUAGCUUGGGCUGCCAAAUUUGCAACUAAGGAUACCAUUUUCGAGAAGAAUUUCUCCCUGCUUGGGGUCGGCGAAGGGGAGGAUUCGCCAUUGUUGUUGAAAGAAGGUCAAAAUGUGUUUAAGUUUUAUGCCAGUGGUCGGCGUUAUUGCCAAGGGUUGUUGGCUACUUUGGAGUUGAAGAGUAGACAUGAUUUAAUAUCCAGGGUUUACUAUGCUGUUGUGCCUACCAAAGAUGAAAUUACUUUCGAGGUUUAUAUGAACGACGAAGCCAUGGAUCAGGUUGUUUUUGCGGUUGCUAGGAAGAAGGCGGCGAAAACUAUGCUUAAGGAGUUGCCAGAUCUUCAGAGAUUUGCUUCUUUGAUGCCAACACCAAGUAAUAAAAAGUGGCUCUCUGAGGACUUGAGUGUUGUCUCUGAGUCUAAGGAGGUUGCUAGUGAUUUAAUCACUGAAGUUGUGAUUGAUCAGGUCUUGGGAGAGAAGGCUUUUGAAAAGCUUGGGAAGUACUUUAUCUCUAUGCAUUUCUCAGACCAACAUUCUGGGGUCCAUAAAAAGAAGUUAAUGUUCAAAUUUGCUCUUCCCAAUCAUAAGAACAUGGCUGACAUGACUAGGCUUGUGGCUCUAGUGCCAUAUUACAUUGAUUUAGUUGGACGAUACAAACUGAGCUCACAGGCACGUUCCAAAACUGAUGCUGCCAGAGUCAAGGCUGCCCAAGAAGCAUACAAAGAAUUGCAGAAUGCCAGGCAAGAGAAUUUGCAAAGAAAGAAAGCCGAUAGGAGAAAGAUGAUGGAGGAGGCUGAAGCAAAGCUUAGUGCUGAGGCCAUUCGCAAGAAAGAAGCUAAAGAACGUACUCGUCAGAUGAAAAAGGCUGGGCCAAAAAUGAAAAUGACCCGUGCACAUUAAAGAUUUGAAGCUCUAUCUGGUCUGUUAAUCCUAUAUGUCAUGCUAUCAUAUGUCACACAUUGCUGCUUCUUUGUAUACGCUUGCCUUCCGUUACUUGAUCAUUAUCUGAUAAUUAAUGUACUUGAGAAUGUAUGAGCAACAAUUGGCAUUACAUAUUUCAUCUUUUUGAUGUAGACAGGUUACACUCCCUAGUCAUUUAGGGUGUAUUUGGAACUAGAGCAAUAGUUAAAACUGUAGCAUUUUUUUGACCGAAGCAGCUAUUUUAUUAUGUUAUGAUCCAUAUUCAAAGACGAGCAUUAAAGCACAACUCCCUAGUCAUUUAGGGUGUAUUCGGUGCAUAAGCAUUGGCAUGGUGGUUUUAUGUCGAGUAAUUUAGACGUUUGCAAACAUUAUGGCAAGACUAUCAAACUUUAAUAAACAUCAUCGCAUAUGGCGAGGUGAA